AUGGUUUUUGAUUUGCCGUCUCUGAUUUUUGCUCAGGUCAAUGCUUCUAAUGUCAUUAUAUUGGAGGGAAUUCUUGUAUUCCAUGAUCAGGAUGUCCGGGAUUUAAUGAACAUGAAGAUCUUUGUUGACACAGAUGCUGAUGUUAGACUAGCUCGUAGGAUUAGACGUGACAAAGUGGAGCGAGGGAGGGACAUAAACUCUGUUCUUGAACAGUACGCAAAGUUUGUUAAGCCUACUUUUGAUGAUUUUGUUCUACCGUCAAAGAAGUAUGCUGAUGUGAUCGUUCCUCGGGGAGGUGAUAAUCAUGUUGCCAUUGAUUUGAUCGUGCAACAUAUCCGCACAAAGCUUGGUCAACAUGAUUGA